AUGGCUUGGGCUUGUGUUAUGCCUGAAGAGUUAUCUAUUGUUCCAAAAGGUCUUGUGUGUUUAGCAAAUCUUGAUACACGUCAUCAGCCAGUACAUCGUUCAAUAUGGGAAUUACUCGAUAAAGAAAGACCUAAUGCACAACUUCGUUAUCGACUUGUUGAUAUUGAUGAACAAUAUCCACAUAGCAAAACAAAACGUGCUACAUACGAAUGGUACGUUCCAAAGGGCAUACUCAAAACAAAUUGGAUGCAUAAACAUUUGCAUUUAGUACCGAGUUUAAUAGUCAUAUUCUUUGAACUUGACUGGAAUGAUCCAUCAUUUAAAGAUAAAGAAAAUGAGUUAAAAAGUAAAAUUGAAAUGGUCAGAACAAGUCUCGAUGGCCGAGCUGCUACUAUUUCAAUAGUACUUCUUCAAAAUAAAAAUAGUUUUCCAACCGUCGACGAUGUCUAUAGUUCUGAACGUGAUCAAAUGGCAAAUACACUUUGUAAUUAUUUUGAUAUUCAAAAACGUUCUCUCUGUGUUUUACCAGUACUUCCACAACCAGAUAAUCUUUCAGCUUGGAUCGAUAGAUUAGAACAAACAUUUAUUGAAAGUAGUCAAAAUUAUUAUACAAAUGAAAUUCGUCUAGUUAAAAAACAUAAAGAAACAUUAAACAAUAUAACACAUCAACUAUUACAUAUUCGUCAUCAAUUUAAAGUUGGAUUUUUUUCUGAACUCAGACAAGAUAUUCCAAGUGCUGUUAAAUCGUAUAGAAAUGCGUAUAGUUAUUUAACAGAAAGUGCUCGUAUUCAUGAUACAAACAUACUUGAAAUGAAGAUGGUUGCUGGGUUUUUGACAUAUAAAAUAUGUCGCAUUUCAUUUGAAUUAUCACAACCAGUUGAAGCCAUUAAUCAUUUUCGUCGUCAUGCUGAUAUAUUUAAAAGUAAAGUUGGUCCAACCGAUUUAGUCUUCGAACAUAAAGCAUGGCUUUCGAAACAAUUUCAAACGUUUGCUGAUUUAUUUACACUUUGUCCAUUAGCAAUACAAACUCAACAUCCAGGUUUCUAUUAUCAAGAGGCAGCUUAUCAAUCGAUGGCUCGAAAACAAAUUUCACAAGCAUGCAAUCGGAUUGAACAAGCUGAUUUUGAUCCAAGUGAAUUUUUAAAAGGAACAGAAUUCUAUGGACAAAGACCAUGGAGACAACAUCAUCAAAGUAUGGAAAUUACUGAUGCUCAGAAAGAACGAGAAGCUAUCGCUGCAUUAAGAGAUGCUGAAUCCCGUAUUAACCAUUCCGAAUUAAUUAUUUCUUUAUUGGUGCAAGCUAUAACUCAUUUUAAAAAACACUCAUCAAAUCGGAUGAAACUUUAUUUAAUGUACAACCUAGCCGAGGAAUAUGUAUCAAGUAAAAAUUAUGAUAUAGCAUUAAAUUAUUAUAAUCAUAUUGUGCAAGCAUAUCGAAGUGAAAAUUGGUGGCUUAUAUUGGAAGCGGUAUUACCUGCUGCAUUGAAAUGCGCCUAUUUGAGUGUUAAUCUGCCAGAUUGGAUACGAUUUACUCUUGAAAUACUAAAUCCAAAUAUUAAUUUAUCAAGUCAAGUAAAAAAUCAAACUCAAAUAAAUCUUGAAAAUUUCAUUCUUAAAAAUAUUUUACCGCCAGUGGAAUCUACGAUGUCAUCGAAAGAUGAACAAUGGAAAGCAUUACUUGAAAAACGAGUAAUUCCUAUCGACGCUGAUGCAUUUAAAGGACUGCUGGAAUGUAAAGUUUAUUUUACGCACGAAGCUGUAUCUGUUGAUAGUGAAAUUAUUCUUCAAGUUGCAUUAAAAAAUGGUUUCCCAUUACCUAUUGAAUUUAGUCAAUUAUCGUUGAAUUUUAAUUUAAAAGAAUACAACACUUUAGUUCAUGUUACUGAUAUAGCACAGUUGAAAUUCUUGCCAGAUGAACAACGAAUAUUAUCUUUUAAUUUUGCACCGAAAAGUGAUCAUGUUCAACUGUUACUUGAAAUAACAUCCGUUUCGUUGAUCUAUGGUUCAGUCGAUCAAACUCAUAUUGAUUUUCAAUGGCGAACAAGUUUACACACGACUCCAUCGUUUCAACAAACAUUUCUUACACCCAGAUGGCGUACAAAAGCUGGCCAUGUUCUAUGGAAAAAUUUACCAAUGAGACGAAAAAUAAAUAUUAUUAUGCGAGCAGCAGAAGUUCAAUUAACUGUUGAACAUCAACUACCUGCACUUCUCUAUGAAUCCUAUCCAAUUAAAAUUAAAAUAAAAAAUUGUGAAAAUGUUGAUAUUCAUUCAGCAACUUUGACUUGUACGUGUUCAAGUUCAGAUGAUACCGCUGCAACAGCGGAUGACAGUCUUCUUUCUUAUUCAAUAGCGGAUAGCAACACUGAAACAACAGCACAUGCAUGCUCAAUCAAAUUAGAUACAAUUACUGAAGCUGCCGAAAUUGAUCAAGAUUUAUAUGUAAGAUGCAAUAAUAAUCGUCCUCGUGAAAUUACUAUUAGGCUCUCUUAUGAACGAUUAAAUUUACAUUGUAUGAAAGAAAUCGCGAUUCAAUUAUCUGUUGUCAAUCCGUUUUCUAUUCAAUUUCAAACAAUGGGAAUGAUGAUGGAACCUCUUGCUUCAUUACGUGCUCAGGAACCAUUUAUUUUAAUGAUUGAUACGAGAUGUACAUCAAUUAUACCAAUUACAAUUGUUAACAGUAGUUUUAAACCUAGUCAAUUUGUUAUUAGUGAUUGUGCAAUUGAAUCACAAAUCGAUAAUAUACAACUGAAAUUAGAUGAAGUAGUAGCUGAAGGUUUUUGUCUUCGUACUCAACCAAUUGCUGCGCCUAUUGUUCAAAAUCUUCUUGUCGGUGAAUACAGUUUAUAUUGGAAGCGAUCGAGCCAUCCAAACAUUCCGGAAUUAUGUACAACAUUUUCAUUAUCGGAUUUUAAUGUUGAACAACAGCAAGUUUAUAUUGAAGUUAACAUACCAAAUAAUGUACCUUUACAAGAACCAUUUCAAAUCAAUUAUCGUAUACAUAAUCGAUCAAAUAUUGUUCAUGAAUAUAAAGUUAAUCUUGAACAAAUUAAUGUAGUUGUUGCUGUCUCCGGUAGUACAGUGACAUCUUUACUUGUUCCACCGCACAGUUCAUCAGAUGUUACGUAUACAUUAGUCGCAACACUUUGUGGUUUCGUUCAAUUACCAAAAUUUAAACUAUCAAUGAUUCGUCCGCAAUCCCAAGAUGUCGAUGAAUCAAUUGAGAAAACAAUACCGACACAUAUUUUUGUUGUACCAUCAUCAAAAACUGAAUAG